AUGUCCGGACGGCAGCGUAAGGAUGGCGACGGCGGCGAGGAGAGGCCGCCGUACGGCCAGUACCAGCUGGAUCUAUAUGCUCAGGCCAUGGUUGGUGGCAAUAAGCCUGUCGUGACGACGGAUCCAAACAAGCUUGAGCAGGCAGCGAGGCAGGCAAUGAGCCCCGAGGCCUUCAACUAUGUUUUUGGAGGUGCUGGCGAGCAGGCCACGAUGCAUGCAAACCGGCUGGCGUUUCGCCAGUGGAAGUUGAUCCCGCGAAUGCUGCGCCCAACCGUGCCGCGGGAUCUCCGUGUUAAACUGUUCGGCAAGACCUACGACACCCCCCUACUCAUGGCACCCGUGGGCGUGCAAGCAGCCUACCACCCCGACGGCGAGAAGGGGGUCGCGACGGCGUGCGCCUCGCUCGGCGUGCCCUUCAUCUACAGCACGGCCGCCACCACGCCGCUCGAGGACGUCGCGGCGGCGGCAGACGCCUCCCUCGGGGCCUCCUCGUCGUCAGCAGGCGCGUCGCGGGCCCCGCGCUGGUUCCAGCUCUACUGGCCGCUCGACGACGCCAUCACCGCCUCCCUCCUCGGCCGCGCCCGGGCCGCGGGCUGCGACGUGCUGGUAGUCACGCUCGACACAUUCACCAUGUCGUGGCGCCCGCUCGACCUCGACGCGGGCUACCUGCCGUUCGCCCGGGGCGAGGGCAACGCGCUCGGCUUCAGCGACCCCGUCUUCCGCCGGAAGUUUGCCGCCCACUUUGACGGGGACGCCGUCGAGGACAACGUCGCCAUGGCCAGCCGCUUCUGGCUCGCCGAGGUCUUCUCCGGCCACGCGCACCGGUGGGAGGACCUGGCCACCCUGCGGCGGCUGUGGGGGGACGGGCCGAUCGUCCUGAAGGGGAUCCUGAGCGUGCAGGACGCCGAGAUGGCGGCCAGGUACGGGGUCGACGGCAUCGUCGUCUCCAACCACGGGGGGAGACAGAUGGACGGGGCGGUGCCCAGCCUCGAGGUCCUGCCGGAGAUUGUGGACGCUGUCGGGCAUAGGUUGACCGUCCUGUUCGACUCGGGCAUCCGGACCGGCGUGGACGUUCUGAAGGCUCUCGCGUUGGGCGCCAAGGCCGUCCUGGUCGGCCGUCCCGUGAUAUACGGCCUGGGCGCUGCCGGCACGGAUGGCGCUCGCCACGUUCUGGCGGGGCUGCUGGCAGACGUCGACCAGUCUAUGGGAUUGGCCGGCGUGCAGAGAGUGUCCGAGCUGAACCGGAGCAUCCUGAGAAGGAUCAACUAUGGCGGCGAUGUCAAGUCAUCGCUCUGACGGACAACGAAACGACUAACCAGUUGACCGCUUUGCUGUCUAUGCUGCUUGUAAUAUAUACAUAUAUAUAU